AUGGAGAAGGUUGUCGUCUGCAUACAUAUGGAAGUGUACCCCAUGACUGCGGACGAUAUCCCCAAGAGGGAGCAUAAUUGUCAGAAAGGAGAGGGGGCCAAGGAUGGACACUUGGUGUACCUCGCAGGUCCACAAGUCGAUAGUCAAGCUAAGGAAUUAGAUCAUUUGAGGCUGGUGAGUGGCAGCAGCCCCUGUGCCGGGAGAGUGGAGGUUUACCACGAUGGGCAAUGGGGCACAGUGCACGAUUAUUUGAGGCUGGUGAAUGGCGGCAGCCCGUGUGCCGGGAGAGUGGAGGUUUACCACGAUGGACAAUGGGGCACAGUGUAUGGCUAUGGCUCUGGUGGCUAUGGUUGGGAUAUGGCGGACGCGGCUGUGGUGUGUAAGGAGUUGGGCUGUGGAGCCGCGCUGUCAGCAUCAGGAGACGCUCACUUUGGCAAAGGCUCAGGUCCCGUUGUGACGUACAAUGUUCAGUGCAGAGCGAGAACUAAAACUCCCAGACUGGUGAACGGAGGCAGCAGGUGUUCGGGAAGAGUAGAGUUGCACAUCAUGGAAACUUGGGGUACAGUUUGUGGAGAUACCCUGACCAUGGAGAUUGCAGAAUAUAUUUGUAAAUCUUUGGGAUGUGGAUUUCCUGCAUCAGUAUCCGGUGACUCUCGCUUUGGAGAAGGUUCGGGGUCAGUUAUUGGUCGGCCUGACUGCGGACACGAGCGAGAUGGUGGCAUAAUCUGUUCAGAAUAUAAUUCCCUAAAGUUAGUCGGUGGAAACAACAACUGUUCUGGCACAGUUACGCUGCAGCGCGAUUAUAAAUCAGGAACCAUCUGUAAUUAUUACUGGGAUUUAAAGGACGCCGGUGUUCUCUGCAAGCAACUGGAUUGUGGAUAUGCUUUAUCAACUGGUCCUGGAGCACAGAUUGGGAUACUAACAGGUCUUAUUUGGAAAACUAACUUCAAUUGUAUUGGAACACAGUGGCACUUGCGGUUAGAGAGCGGUGGGAGCCGCUGUGAUGGGCGAGUGGAGAUUUAUCAUAACGGUACUUGGGGCAGAUUGCUGGACGAUUCCUGGAAUAUAUCAGAUGCCGAUGUCAUCUGCCGACAGUUGAACUGUGGCUCUGCCAUUUCAGUCUACAACUCUUCCCAGUACGGGGAAGGCAGUGGACCUGUGUGGAUCAAUAAUGUUCAGUGUAUGGGAACCGAGACGCACAUCUGGAACUGCCCACAUUCCACAGUGGCUUCAUCCUCCGGGAGCAGCCGGGAUGUGGGAGUGCUUUGUUCGGGACACAAACAGCUUACACUAAACGAAUCAAAUUGGAAAACAUUUCGUACUGGAGUUCAGAGUUCAAUUUCAGCAGAAGAUGUUCAGAUCAGACUGAUGGACGGUGGGAGUUCGUGUGCUGGGAGAGUGGAGAUUUACUACAACGGAACCUGGGGGACGGUGUGUGAUGACUCCUGGGGAUCACUUGAGGCGAAUGUUGUGUGCGAACAGCUCGGAUGUGGAUCUGCAGUUCAUACAACAUCUGCGGCCACUUGUGGACGAACCUCAGCUCCAGUUUGGUUGGAUGACGUGAGAUGUACAGGAAAGGAAUCAGCUCUCUGGGAAUGUCCCUCUUCUCCAUGGGGGCAACAUGACUGUUAUCAUAAAGAAGAUGUGAGCAUCGUGUGUAAAGAGCACAAGAUGCUGCGGCUGGCGAGUGGGCAACAUUCCUGCGAGGGGAGAGUGGAAGUGUUUUACAAUGGGACCUGGGGCACAGUCUGCUCGGACUCCAUGGGAAUGGACGAAGCUGAGGUGAUCUGCAAACAGUUAGAUUGUGGCCGAGCUCUGGACGUUGAAUAUGAUGGUAAAUUUGACGAAGGAUCUGGGCCUAUUUGGUUGGAUGACAUGGAGUGCAAUUCAAAGGAAUCCUUCCUGUGGCAGUGCUCCUCACGACCUUGGGGUGAACAUAACUGUGCUCAUUCGGAUGAUGUGGGUGUGAUAUGUACAGAGAAAGCUCCGGAAAAAAGGGAGAGGGCAAAACUAUGCGAUGGGAGAUCACCGGAUCAUCAGAUUCGUUUAUCAGGACAGGAGUUGCGGUUGGUUGGAGGAAGCAGCAUUUGCUCGGGGAGAGUUGAGAUACUGAGCAAUAACACGUGGGGGACGGUGUGUGACGACUCCUGGGAUAUCCGAGAGGCCGGUGUGGUGUGCGGACAGCUGGACUGCGGCCCGGCCGUGCGGGCUGUGGGACAGGCGGGGUUCGGACAAGGCGCUGGUCAGAUAUGGCUGGACGAGCUUCACUGCAGAGGAAGCGAAUCCUUUCUGUGGGAUUGUGUCUCCGCAUCCGCGGGUCGCAGCGACUGCGUUCACAAAGAAGACGCCGGUGUGGUUUGCUCCGUCCAGUUGGUCAACAUACCUUUCGUGGUCUGCAUCGUCCUUGGAAUCCUGUUAGCGGUGGUACUGUUUGCACUGAUUGUACAGAUGGACAGUAAUUCUUCAGGAACAGAGGAAAAAUAUCCGUCUGUUCGUUUGUAUCAAGCAAUUUAUGAAGAAAUUGAGGAUCGGCCGAUCAGAAGAAGAAACUUCGAGGCUGACUCCACUGUUUCAGGAUCCAACGAUUCUAUCAGUAAACUGGAGUACUACACUGGGGAGAGUGUGAAUGGAUCUGAUGCAGAACAAGGAAACGCUGAGGUGUUUCUUCCGAAUGAUCAUCUUCAGGAAGAUUAUGAUUAUGACGACGCUGAGAGCGGAACCUUCCAGAUGGCGGACCGGGGCCUCCUCCUGGUCACUGACACACACCCUGAUGUCCCCGCACUGACCAGUCACACUGUCCAGGAAGCCUCGCUCUGUCAGGGUAAGAGCCGAACUGUCAUGUCUUAA